CAGCCCCAGCUCUACCUGUUGACCCGCUCUGCGGCCUCGGCGUCGAGCCCCGAGCUCUAACGCUCGCGCCCUCCCUCCAGCCUGGCACGAUGGACGCGCUGCAUACCGCUGGAAUCCACUUCGCGGAGGUGCUGCAGUCGGGGCCGCCCUGGCUGGAGAAGUUCUGGCUCUCGGUGACCUCCCUGGCUGAUCCCAAAUGCAUCUUCACCGUCUGUUUCCCUCUCGCCUAUUUUCUCGACCGCAAGGUGGGGGUGUCGGUGCUGUGGAUUGGCCUGGUCUCCGAGUGGCUCAACGUGACCUUCAAAUGGUUCUUAUUUGGGGAGCGCCCGUUCUGGUGGGUCCAUGAGUCGAGGCUCUUCAAGGAGCAGCCGGUCCCAGUGCGCCAGUUCCCUGUCUCCUGCGAAACGGGACCAGGUGAGUUAUGGGCGAAAGCUUUGGCUCGUGUCUCCGGAGAAUCCUACAGAACGAGAGGGUCCCGACUCAGGGUGACCCACCGUCGGCACGCUGCCAACAGCACGCUGCCUCGCGCUGACAUGCUGCUCCCGCUGCAGAGGGACAGCUGGUGGCAUCGCAACUUAGCGGGACACAGCGAAGGAGACCGUGGAGCUGAAACCAUGCAGGGAAACAGGCUAGCACUGGACAAUUCUCCAUUUGCUUCAAAGGGCAUAGGAGGAUCCAGAGAAGCUUUAGGUCUGGCUGAUUUUAGAUCUGAGGUGUCUUCAGUGGUUACAUGCUCUGUUGCCAGCACUUAUUCCAGACACUCCAGGAGCGCGGUGGUGAAGCUGAUCCCCUUCGCUGCCUACACCCUCCUGCUGCUGGCCGUGGGGCUCUCGCGGGUCUUCGUCCUCGCUCACUUCCCCCAUCAGGUGGUUGGCGGCAUCCUGGCGG